CUUGGCAACACAGCAAAAUCAAGAAGUAGCAGACCAAACCUCACAAUUGACGUCGUUUUAAGGUUAUGCCUCAAAAAUGUUCGCUUCAAAAAUAUUUAAUUUAAAUGUUAUAAAAACGGUCACUCCCAUUAUUAGGCGAUGUUUGAACGUACAAUCACAUCAAAUCCCAAAGGCACAUUUCACCCCCUUGGCUAAUUACUGGAUUUAUCAGCAAAACGAUAAAAUCAAAACACCCCCCACAAUUAGCAAUAGCAUCGACUUGCCAAAUGGGUUGACUUGGGUGCCUCCGCUCAUUGAGCCCGCUGGUAUACUGGACGAAAUUAUAGCUCCAUCCACUGAGACUUCUGAAACCCCAAAGGAAGCGCAUAGAAUGCUGAUUAUUAGAAGGAAAAAAAUGAAGAAACAUAAGCUCAAAAAACUGAGGAAAAGGAUGAAGUUUGUGUAUGCUAAACGCAGGCAAAGAAGAGAAAUGAAGAAGGAAAAGGCUUUCCAAGCUGUUUUGAUUACACAAUGUAAAGAGGCUGAGAAAUUUUCCGCAGAACAAUAUGUGGAAGACAAGCUCAAUAAGUUGCACGAAAUUGUCAUUCCCAGGUACUGGAAGGGCAAAAAAUACCCGGAGUUUAUAAUCAGGCAGAAAAUGGGAUUGCCGCCUAAGUAACCGUAUGGUAAUGUAAAUGUGUUGAUAAUAGAGUGAAUGGUUCGUUGAA